AUGCCACAAUCUUCGAAUGAUCCAAUCGGCGGUAAUCAUACAAAUAAAACAAUUAAAUGUGUUUGUGUAGGUGAUGGUUGUGUCGGUAAAACAUCAAUGCUUAUAUCAUAUACUACAAAUACAUUUCCACAGUCUUAUGUACCUACGGUAUUUGAUAAUUAUUCAGUUACUGUAAUGAUUAAUAAUGAACCAUAUACACUUGCUCUAUUUGAUACGGCUGGUCAAACUGGAUUUGAAUUAAUGCGUGCAUUUUCAUAUACAAAUACUGAUGUAUUUCUUGUUUGCUUCAGUGUUAUGUCUCCAGCAUCAUUUAAUAAUGCUCUUAAAGUUUGGAUUAAUGAAAUUCGUCAAUCAUCAUCAACUCGAAGCGCACCAUUUGUUCUUGUUGGAACUAAAAUUGAUCUUCGUACAAAUCUAGCCGAUAUUGAAUUUUUAGCUAAAUCAAAACAAAAACCAAUAACACGUGAACAAGGUGAACAUGCAGCAAAAGAAUAUGGUGCAUAUGGAUAUAUUGAAUGUUCAGCAUUAACACAAGAAAAUCUUAAAGAAACAUUUGAUGCUGCUAUAUUAGCUGCACUUACUCCAUUACCUUCUAAACGUAUUGGAAUCUUAUGUUGUUGUUCAUAA